AUGCUCCAAAUUCAACGACUAGCGCGCCGGAACGCCUCUUCCUCUGCCCGGCGGUUGCGCCAGGCCAGCGUGCAAGUUUGCGCCUGGCAGUCGAGCCGGGGUUAUGCAUCUGCGUCGGAACCAUACGACGUAGUUGUCAUUGGCGGUGGUCCUGGUGGCUACGUGGCCGCUAUCAAGGCCGCACAGAUGGGUUUGAGGACUGCCUGUGUUGAGAAACGUGGUGCAUUGGGAGGAACAUGUUUGAACGUUGGCUGCAUCCCCUCGAAAGCCUUGUUGAACAACUCCCACCUCUACCACCAAGCUAAACACGACUUCGCACGACGCGGUAUUGACGUCGAGAACGUUUCCUUGAACCUUCCGAAGUUUAUGGAGGCCAAGGACAGUGCAGUCACCGGCCUUACCAAGGGUAUCGAGUUCUUGUUCAAGCAGAACAAGGUCGAUUACAUCAAGGGAGCUGCCUCCUUCGUCAACGCCAACAAGAUUUCCGUCGACCUCCUUGAUGGUGGAAAGUCGGAAGUCGACGCCAAAAACUUCGUCAUUGCCACCGGCUCGGAAGUUGCUCCCUUCCCUGGCGGUGCCAUCCCCAUUGACGAGGAACAAAUCGUCAGCUCGACUGGUGCCCUUUCGUUGACGAAGGUUCCUGAGAAGAUGGUUGUCAUUGGUGGUGGUAUCAUUGGUCUCGAGAUGGGUAGCGUCUGGAGCCGACUCGGUGCUGAGGUUACCGUCGUCGAGUUCUUGGGUGCUAUCGGAGGAGCUGGUAUUGACGAGGAAGUCUCGAAGCAAUUCCAACGACUCUUGACCAAGCAGGGCCUCAAGUUCAAGCUCAACACCAAGGUCGUUUCGGCUGAGAAGAAGGAUGGCAAGGUCUUCCUCAAGGCUGAGGCUGCCAAGGGCGGCAAGGAGGAAACCUUGGACGCUGAUGUUGUCCUCGUCGCUGUUGGUCGUCGACCAUACACCGAUGGCCUUAACCUCGAGGCUGCUGGCGUUGAACUCGACAACCGUGGCCGCAUUGUCAUCGACGACCAGUUCACCACCUCUGCCAAGAACAUCAAAUGUAUUGGUGAUGUCACCUUCGGUCCCAUGUUGGCCCACAAGGCUGAGGAGGAGGGUAUCGCUGCUGUCGAGUUCAUCAAGCACGGUCACGGACACGUCAACUACGGUGCCAUCCCGUCCGUCGUCUACACCCACCCCGAGGUUGCCUGGGUUGGCCAGACUGAGCAGGACUUGAAGGCUGCUGGUGUCAAGUACAACAUCGGCAAGUUCAGCUUCAGCGCCAACUCUCGUGCCAAGACCAACUUGGACAGUGAUGGCUUCGUCAAGUUCUUGUCUGAGAAGGAGACUGACAAGAUUCUUGGUAUCCACAUCAUCGGUCCCAACGCUGGUGAGAUGAUUGCUGAGGGUGUCCUCGCCAUCGAAUACGGUGCAAGCUCUGAGGAUGUUGCCCGCACCACCCACGCCCACCCCACGCUCAGCGAGGCCUUCAAGGAGGCUGCCAUGGCUGCUUACAGCAAGCCCAUCCACAUGUAA